UCAACGUUGGUAAUUUAUCGAAUAAAUUGAGGUUCCAAAAGUUGCGAACUAUUUAUUUUGAUGCGUCCCCACUAAAAUCAUCUACGCUUCAUCAGGAACCCCGAAAAUUUUCAUCAGCUCUCAAAUCAUCACCCACGAUUAAAAACCUUAUUACAAACCGAGUUGCACCAAUUCGCGACAAGCCAAAAUUCACGGUAUCAAUCAGGGGCUCAUCAAUAAAGAAAAAAGGUCGAGAAAAUGGUUCCGAAAUUAUCGGAGGAUGAGAUAGAUGAUCUCAUCUAUCUUGCUAGGACCGGCGAUGAUGCGGAGCUUACGGGGAUGAUUCAGGAACUCGCCGAUCGGGAAUCCGCCACAAACGCCGAAGUCAUAGCAGCAGCAAGAGAUGAUGGCAAAGCUACUUGCUUGCAUAUGGCAGCCGCAAAUGGCCAUGCGAAAACUGUCACAUUAAUACUCUCUCACUUCCCUGCGCCAUCCAAGACGCAAAAGGCAGCAACAGUACCACCUACCACAUCCUCAGAAGAGGCCCCUGCAAGCGUAACAGAAGACACACCCUACGUCAACCUGCAAAACUCGUUUGGAAACACGGCCCUACAUUGGGCAUGUCUGGGCGGCCAUCUCGACGUCGUGAAGCUACUCCUGUCACGGGGUGCAUCGCCCACCGCAGCUAAUGACAAAGACCAGAUCCCGUUAGAUUUAGCAGCUUUUAACAGUCAUAUGCAUGUCGUCGACUACUUCUUAUCGCAGAGUAAGGAUAUCGAGGGCGAUAAUGCCAAGGAAGGCGGCUUAGAGAAGAGCACACAAGAUGUGCAAAUGGAAGAUGAAGUUGAUGAAGGAGAGGCCGGUUCAAAGGCUGAGUCAAACGGCUAAACUUCAGUUAUUUCGAGAAAUAAAUACGAAUAAUGCGCC